AUGCCAAAUCAAAUUAACGUCUCAUUUUUUACAUUACCGGUAGAACUUGUCUACCGAAUUCUUGAUCAUCAAAGCGACUACACGAUUACACUAACGACACUAGAUCUUGCAUUUGGUGAAAUUGGAGAUGUUGGUGCACAACACCUGGCUAGUGGAUUACGAGAUAAUACAACUGUUACCGCACUACAUCUCUACCGUAAUCAAAUUGGGGAUGUUGGAAUCCAGCAUCUAGCUGAUACAUUACAACAUAACACGACCAUUACGACAUUAGAUCUUGAUUUCAAUCGAGCUGGACAUCUCGGAGCUCAACAUCUACGUGAUGCAUUACGACAUAAUACUAUACUUACUACACUGAAUCUCAAAGGUAAUCAAAUUGGAAAUGUUGGAGCACAACAUCUGAGCGAUGGACUACGAUAUAAUACAGCACUGACCGCACUAAAUCUUUAUAGAAAUCUAAUCGGAGAUAUUGGAGUAGAACAUAUAGGUACUAUAUUACGAUAUAAUACGACGCUUGCCACAUUAAAUCUCGGCAACAAUCAAAUUGGAAAUGUGGGAGCACAAUAUCUCAGUGAUGGAUUGCAAUAUAACGAAGCGCUGAUCGCACUAGAUUUAUGUGCGAAUCACAUCAAAGAUAUUGGAUCACAACAUCUAGGUGUUGCACUACGACAUAACACGACACUUACCAACUUAAACCUCGAUAGUAAUCAAAUCGGAGAUGUUGGGGCACAGCAUCUGGGUGAUGCAUUACGACAUAAUCCAAUACUCACUACAUUAGAUCUCUGUGGCAAUGAAAUUGGAGAUGUUGGAACACAGCAACUGAGUAAUGGAUUGCGACAUAACAAGGCACUUGCCACACUAGAUCUUGGCUAUAAUCGUAUCGGAAAUAUUGGAGCACAACAUCUGAGCGAUGGACUGCAACAUAACAAAACACUUACUGCACUAUUUCUUGCAAAUAAUCAAAUUGGAAACGUUGGAGCAAAACAUCUGACUGAUGGAUUGCAACAUAACACGACACUCAUCUUUAUAAGUCUUCAAAUGAAUCUAAUGAGUGAAGAUGCUAAACAUGCAAUCAAUGAAUUUACUGAACGAAAUCAAAGAAUGACAAAAUCAUAA